AUGACCAAUCCAACCACUCAAUCUUCUACACCUCGAACCCUCCAACAACAAACACCACCACAAGAAAAGAAACCAAUCUCCGUCUUUCAUGAAGGUGAAAUUCAAUUUCAAAAGAAAGCCAAUACCUUUGAAUUUGCCAAUACUCUCGGACCUCGUAAAAUCACUUCAAAUGUUCCUCCCGAAUAUCAUCAUUUCCUCACCAAUCGUAUGGUAGUGUAUGUAGCCUCUUAUAAUGAUCAAACCCAUGAAUGUUGGUGUUCUGCCAUUUGGGCAUCUCCUCGUCAAGAACAUUUGAAAGAAUUGGAGCAUCAAGUUCCGUCCAUCAUUGAGAAGUCAUCCUUCAUGAAAGACUCUCAUCUUCCUUCGUAUAUGGAAGAGAAGGAUUAUCCUUGGAUUCCUCUCUCGACCAUUGUUGAGGCUGAAGAUACAGAAGAACGUUUAUGCUCCUUGUAUGAUCCGUGUAAUGUUGCGAGUGGCGAUUCGUGGCUGCAUUUGAAUUAUUUGAAUGCGAAUCACUUUGAGAAAUUGGUGGAUGUGUCUCGAGAUGGAAAGAUCAUUCGAGUGUUGAAGGCACCUCACGAUCAAGAUCCCAUGUGGCAAUCGUGUCGAGAAGGUGGAAAAUGGGUGAGUUUGAAUUUUCUUGAUCUCGAGUCAAGAAAACGCUACCGAACGAAUGGAAUUCUCACAAAAGCCAUUUCCUCUUCUGGAUUUGAAAUAGAGGUGCAUGAGGCCUUCUCCACAUGUCCAAAAUACAUUCAACAGAGAGCUGUUGUGAAAGUUUAUAAAGAGGAAGAACGAAAAGAAGGAACAGUCAAUUUGCUAAUGGCUGAUAAAACCAUUACACCAGGAGAUGAAUCUUCAUAUUUGAGUGAAGAUGUGAUCAACUUUAUCGUGGGUUCUGAUACCAUGAUGAUUGCUACGAUUCAUCAAACGGUUGGGGCAGAUUGUUCACAUCGAGGAGGAAGACCUGGUUUUAUUAGGGUCUUGGAUAGAAAAACGUUAGUUUGGGGAGAUUACGUUGGAAAGGGCAUGUUUCAAACUCUUGGAAAUACUGUCAAUUGUCCAAAUGCAGGACUUUUAUUUGUGGAUUUCGAGAAUGGACAUCUUCUUCAACUUACAGGUGAUAUUCAAAUAAUAUGGAGAGAGGUUGGAACAAGUUUAGAUGGUAGUGACCGAACAGUGCUUUUUCACACCAAAAGAUGGAUGCUUUUUCAACAUUCAUGUCCAUUUGUUUGGCAGUUUGUCUCCAUGUCCUCUCAUAAUCCUUUACUUAAUGAUAUGAACGAGUUGGAAAAAUUGAAUCCAAAUCAUUCUCUUCCAGUGGUCGAUGUUGCUCCUCUCAUGAAACAGAAACAUUUGAAAGAUAUUGUACAUGCACGAUUGGAAAGAAUUAUUCCAGUGACAGCAGAAGUCAAAACUUUUGGAUUUAAAAUUUCAGAAAAUAAGACAGUCUCCAUUCAACCGGGACAGUAUGCCACAUUUACUUUGUCUUUGGACCAUCCAUAUAUGAGAAGUUGGACCGUGUCAUCUGCACAAUAUGUGACCCUUCCAGAUAUUCACCAAGACACGUCCAUUAACAAUACGAACUACUUUGAAAUAUCGGUCAAAAAGCAGGAUCUUGGGGCAACAAGUACCUGGUUGCAUGAUCAUGCAAAAUAUGGAGAUGAACUGUUUUUAAUGGGUAUAGAAGGAAAUUUCACAUUGCAAACGUCAUAUCAUGUAACCAAGAAAAAGAAGUCACAAAACAAAGAAACUCAGUGGAAAGUCUUGUUUUUGAGUGGUGGAAUUGGAAUCACUCCUUUCGUUUCAAUGAUCAGAGGUGUUUACAAUAGCUUGAAAAAGUCCAUUCUUUCCCAAGAUACCAAGCCUAAUAUUGUAAUUAUUCAUAGUGAAAAGUUUGAAAAGGAGAUUCCCUUUAGAGAAGAGCUGGAAAAUUUACACAAGGAAAAAGUGAUUGAUCAACUCUUGUUCUGUAUCACACGAGAGAAAGAUCUGAAAGGAGAAAGUAUAAAAUGUCAACGUUUGGAUAAGAGUUUAAUAAUGGACACUGUCAAAGACAUUGACGAAAGAGUAGUGUAUGUUUGUGGACCUGGACCAUUUAAUGAUAGUAUGAUUCGAAUUAUGCAAGAUUUGAAGGUUCAUGCAAAGAAUAUUAUGAUUGAAAGCUUUGAUUAUUAA